UCGCAUUAGGUAGCUGUCGAAAAUUUGCGGACGUUUGACCCGUUGCAUUUGGAAAGACGGACAAAGAAAUAUACUUCACGUCUCUGGAAUGUGCACCUGCACAGAAUAUCGACUUUGUCUUUUUAAUGUCUUUCGACAAUCAUUUUAGUUGUGGUUGAUCGGGAAACAGAGUACGCCAGCAGCCUCCAUCGUCGUCUAAGUCUGUAGUCGUCAACAGAAUGGACGUGUCACCUGGAUAAAGAAGAAAAAGGAAAAAAAUGAUAUCUGUGUCUACCCUGUUGAAUCUCUUGGUUGGGACAUUGAUGUCCCAGGAUGCUACCUCGGACUUCUCUGUCCACACGACUCGGACAGGUGUGCCAGUAGAUGGAGGGUCCCUGAAUGCCUCACUGGCUGUCAUGUCUCAGAUAAACAACAACGACGAGUGCGAUCAUGUGAUGAACAUCAACGCAACGGACCGCUGCGCAUUCGUCAAGAACACACCAGACUGCAGCAUGGAAGAUGGGUUUAUCAAAUAUCUUCAAGUGGCCUUCUGUCUGCUUCCCCCUGACCUCACGCCUCUCUCACUCAUUCUCUGUAUCAUAUGGCUGUUCUUUAUGUUCGCCAUACUUGGCCUUAUUGCAUCUAAAUAUUUUUGUCCCAACCUCUCAGCCAUCUCCACAAGUCUGCAUCUCACCCACAACGUAGCUGGUGUGACUUUCCUGGCUCUUGGAAACGGAGCUCCAGACAUCUUCAGUGCCAUAGCGGCGUUCUCCCGCCCUCACACCGCCGGGCUGGCGGUCGGAGCAUUAUUUGGCGCCGGUGUAUUUGUCACCACGAUUGUCGCCGGCAGCGUGGCGCUGGUCAAACCUUUCGCCGUACCCUCGCGUCCUUUCUUGCGUGACGUCAUCUUCUACAUGGUGGCGGUGUUCUGGACUUACCUCAUCCUGUACAGAGGAACCACCACGCUGGGGGAAACACUGGGGUACUUGGGCCUCUACGUGGUGUAUGUAUUGACAGUGGUCAUCAACGCCUACAUCUAUAGCCGACAAAAACGUUUGCGCAACGCAAGGAUCGAUAGCCUUCCUCAUGUUCAAGCAGGGUUUGAGUCAUCGGACACGUAUGACGACGACGUUCCCUGUCUGCUAGCUGGAUCGGACCAACAAGAAUAUGAGUCUGAGUACAGGCCACUGCUGCAAUACCCUGAAUCCACCGGCCAGAUCUUGCUGAGCUCUCUCAACCCGGUGGACAACAGGAAGUGGAGGAGGAAAAACUGGAAGUGGAGAGUCCUCAAAGUUUUGAAGACUCCUGUGGAGGUCAUACUGCUGCUGUGCAUCCCCGUUGUAGAUCUCGAUAAAGAAGACAAGAACUGGAGACGACCUCUCAACUGUCUUCAUUUGAUCACUGCCCCGCUUAUGUGUGUUCUCGCUUUCCAGUCUGGAAUUUUUAGCGAUUACUUGAUUGAGGGCCAGUUUCCUCUGUGGGUGCUGACGCUUCUCUUGGGACUCUUCCUGUGUGCCAUUGUGUUCUGCAGCACCACUAACGAGUGUCCCCCGAGAUAUCACCCAAUCUUUGCUCUCUUGGGCUUCUUGGUGAGCGCAGUGUUGAUUAGUGCGGCGGCGUCCGAAGUGGUCAGUAUUCUGCACAUGCUCGGCGUGGUGCUCAGUCUCAGUAACACGGUGCUGGGCUUGACUCUCUUGGCCUGGGGCAACAGCAUAGGAGAUUGUUUCUCAGACAUCACCCUUGCACGACAGGGAUACCCCAGGAUGGCCAUAUCGGCAUGCUUCGGGGGCAUCAUUUUCAAUAUGUUAUUUGGGGUGGGCUUGGGCUGUCUGGUGCAGAUGAUCAAAACACACGGUGAAGUGCAGCUGGAACCAGAGGGACUGCUGACAUGGAUCCUGGCAGGUUCUCUGGGCUUGUCUUUGGUUCUGUCUUUUAUCAUCGUCCCACUGAGCCGCUUCCACCUGGGUCGGCCUUACAGCAUUUUCCUCCUCGUCUUCUACGCGGUUUUCCUCAUUGUUGCUCUGCUCACAGAAUUUGGCAUCAUCACUGCAGCAUAGAUGCCACUCUAUAGCCUGACAUGAGGGACGUGAAAUUGAUACACUGGGACCACAUGAGCACAGUUUUUAUAUUCUACUUGAUUGCUACCUACAAUCAUGCUGUGGUGUAACCAGCCAAGUGUUUUUUACUGAAAGGCCAAAAUAUGAAAGUACCAUAAUUAUUAUUUUUUAAUCUUAUGACUGACACUGCUAUGGCAAUGUGGUUUUAAAAAAAUAUUGGCUAAUUUCAAGUUAGCAUUUCUGCUUUUAAACUAUUCAAUACCUUAAUACUGUUCAUGACAAUCAAGUUGAUUUGGGGGGGAUAUUAAAUAUGGAGUCAACAUUG